CUUGUGCUUUCGUUUUGCAGCACUCGUGUAUUGUAGUCAAAACGCCGCAGAGCGAUUUAAUAAAAUUUGUUAAAAUCAUUUAAUAAACAAUAACACAUCAAAAUGGGGCGACGCUCCAUAAAUACCACUAAAAGUGGCAAAUAUAUGAAUCCAACAGACCAAGCGCGCAAGGAGGCACGCAAAAAGGAACUUAAGAAGAAUAAACGACAGCGCCAAAUGGUGCGGGCUGCAGUGCUGAAGAACAAGGAUCCCUCACAGAUAUUGGAAGAGAUGGAGAAGAUCGACGAGAUGGAAUACAAUGUGCUGCAGCCAUCGCCACUUAAUGAGAAGGUGCUACGGGAUAAGCGCAAGAAGCUAAAGGAAACCUUUGACCGUGUCAUGCGACUCUAUCAUAAUGAUGAGCCCGAACAUUGGGCGGAACUAAAACGUAAGGAGGUGGAUUACGAGAAGAAGCGUCUGAAAAAGCAGCAAUACUAUGAGAGUGUCAAGCAUGCGCAGAGUGUACAGAUCGAUGAGAUUCCACUGCCAGCACCGGUGACAGCAGUCAAUGCUAAUUCUGGCAGUGCUACUGCAGGCAAUAAUCCCAAUAGUGGUAGCAACAAUAAUAUCGGCUUUCCAAGCGGCUCUGGUGGCAUUCGUGUGCCGCCGCCUCCAAUGACGCUAGCGCUCCCGCCCUUUGCCCCCGGUGCACCGCCGGGUGUGACAAAGAACAGUGAAAAUGCAGGCGGUAAUGAAAUGCAGACUGAUAAAUUAAAGGAGGAUGAGGAUAAGGAUUGGCUGGGUGUGCCACCAGGUCCGCCACCGGAUCUAUUUGCAAUGACCGAGCUAGACUCGGAUGCCGAGGGUAACACCGACUACGAGGGCGAUGAGGAGUCAACCGCAACUAGUCCCAAAUUGCAGCAGCGCAUGCAGAACAUUGAUGACUUCAUGAAGGAGAUGGAACAUGUCCACAAGCGCAAACAUCGUAAGCUGCAGAAUGAUGCCGAACGUGACAAGGAACAAAUUGAGCACAAAGACGACAAACAUGACAGCGCUUCCGAGAGCAAAUCUCCAGCUGCUCGGCGGCGUGGUAGCAGCCACAGUCACAGCAGUAGCAGCAGCAGUGAUGACGAGGACGACGAUGACGAUGAUGUGGACGAUGAUAUGGGCUCCGAUGGCGAUGUCAAGCAGCCUGUCACCAAAGAGUCAAGUAAGAUACCACCUGUUGCCGCUGUGGUGCCAACAGUUCCAGCUCCGCCAUCAGCUCCAUCAUUGCCUGCUAUACCAUUGCCACCAAGUGCGCCAGCGCCACCACAGAUUCCUCAACUGCCGCAUAUGCGCGGCAUUGCACCACCACCUGGCAUUAUGUUCCGACCACCACCUAUGCGCCCGCCUGGUCCUGGUCUGCCUGGCUUUGGGCUGCGGAUGCCGCCCGGACCGCCGCCAGGUUCGCGACCGCCACAUGCUUUGGGACCCAUGCCCCGAAUGGGCAUACGAAUGCCACCCGGUCCGCCACCGGGAUUGCCGCCACGUAUGGCCGGACAUCAUGUCAAGCAUGGCACUGCGAAUUCGCUACCGAUCAAAGACCAGGGCAAAGGUGUCACCACCAUCACGGCAAAGCCUCAAAUAAGAAACCUAAGUGCAGAUGUCACCCGUUUCGUGCCCUCCACGUUGCGUGUAAAGCGCGAGGAUCAGCGUCGGGCAGCGAGAACAAAGCAUUUGGCGGGAUCAAACGAUGCUGGGGAACGGAACGUUCAUGCACCGCCAGAGACACACAAGCCACCAACCAAGGACGAUGCCUACCUGCAGUUCAUGAACGAGAUGCAGGGUCUCCUGUAGCACAAACACCACCAAGAACUAAUGAGCUGCCUAGGAGCUUGUACAUUAAUUGCUUAGUUAAGAUCUGAUUAUGUAGUCUAAGAUAAACCAAGUUCAUCAAUGAAAAAUUUAAACAAUCUCCAUCUGGUCGAAAGUCAGAGCUCCCAUAAGGACUCCUCAUUUUGUAGUACCGAAGACUAUUAUUAUGCAGCGUGCGUAAAUAGUUUGAAAUUAGCAGUUUUAAUUUUUAUUUUAUUUAUACAGUAAUGCCUGAUAGCCCCCUGCCAUUGUAAUGCACUUGGAGAACUCUUCAAGCUUAUUUAACUUUACUAUGUUAUUAAUAACGAAUUCAAUGCCAGCUAUCAAUAGAUGAUUUUACUUAA